UUUGCCAUGGCCGGGGGAGAAAGAGAGUAGGGUUCCUCCCACGGCGCUCGCGAUCGGUAUGUGUGAAUCGAGCUUAGGGCUUCAAUUCGACCGCAUUCUCUCUGUGGAGGAUGAAUCUUCGCAUUCAGCACAAAUGCGGUAGAAAUCCUCGCGUGUAGCGGUGGCCGAUAAGAGGAUGGAGGGCGAGGGAAAGAUCGGGUUUGAUAGAAGCCGAGUACGCAUUCUUCUGUGUGAUAAGGAUUCAGCCACCGCGCAAGAGGUGAAAGAGCUGCUGUGCCGCUGUUCAUAUCAAGUUUCCGUUGUAAAGACUGCUAGACAAGUCGUGGAGGUGCUAAAUAUCACUGAUUCUAAGGUGGAUUUGGUGCUCUCCGAGGUGGAGCUGCCAAAUGGUAGAGGAUUUAAGAUGCUCAAACAUAUUGUGAAGUCGGAGAAUUUCAAGCACAUUCCAAUCGUCAUGAUGUCUGCGCGUGAUGAGAUGGCCGUGGUUGUCAAGUGCUUGAAACUUGGGGCGGCCGACUAUCUGGUGAAGCCUUUGCGAAUAAAUGAGUUGCUCAAUCUGUGGACUCAUAUGUGGCGAAGAAGACGAAUGCUAGGACUCACAGAAAAACACAUACUCAAGGGACACUUGUCGAGCAGAAAUACCAUAGCCGAGAUUUUUGUCUCGGAUACGAGUGAGUCGAACACUUUCAGCACUGACAUCUUUUCGGAGGAUAGCAACGACAACAAAGUCAAGAAGCUUAAACCAAUCUCCGAAGAAGAAGAACAGGCACCCGAGCUAGAAUUGUCACUGACGCCGAAGUCCAAAGAUUCCACAAGAACAACAGAGAUUGGUGAACCAGAAAGAAGACCGUCUCCUCCAAGGAAGAGCGAACUGAAACUGGGCCAAUCUUCCGCAUUCUUGAGCUACACAAGGGUCGUCAGCAGGACAACGAACGCUGAAAAACCCGAUUCGACGACACAGCCCCCUACGUGCAUGGAAGUGCCUGUAGGAACAUCGCAGCAGCCUCUAGACUUAGAAGAACCAGGCCAGGUCGGAGCAAGAGGAAACCAAGCGGCUGAGUUAACUCAAACGCAGGAACCCGAUGAUGAUCCAGAGCAAAGCCACCACCACCACCACCAGCAUUCAAUACCAUGGAGUAGCUCCUCCACGACUGGAGCAGCGGAACAAUACCAGGUGUUACAGAUAAACGACCCCCGUGCUGCUGCUGCCGCUGCUGCUCACGCUGCUACCGGCGUCUUCAACCAGGCUCACAUCAUCCCGCCGCUCAUGGUGCCGCACUCGAUCCACCCCUCGACGCUGCUACAGCCACCGAUACACUACUAUCAAGCUGUGCCGCCGCCAGAGGCUACUCCCAUCCCGGCAGCAGCGUUCUCGUACUAUCCUUUUCCUCUGCACAUACCAUCGCAACAGGUCCCUUGGAACGCCGCAGCGUUGCCUCAAGUUGGACUUGAGAGAAAAGCUGGCGUAGCGGAGCGGAGAGAGGCAGCGCUACACAAGUUCAGGCAAAAGCGGAAGGACAGGUGCUACGAGAAGAAGAUCAGAUAUGCAAGUCGCAAGCGUUUGGCUGAGCAGAGGCCCCGGGUCAAGGGACAGUUUGUUAGAAGAGCAGAGGAGUACGAGGACGAGGACGAGGACGAUGACGAAACAGGGAGGGAUAUGUCUCCAGAGAGUGGCGUGGAGGUGACACAGCAAGCGUCAGCUAAAGAAGUCGAGCCAAAAACCAGGUACCUGAUUAAGUUCUUGGUUUUCCGUCCUGACGCGCUCGAUUUCUUCAAGAAACUCUGGAUCAGCGGCGGCUCUGAGCUUGUCGGCUUCGGUUCUGGCGGCUCUCAAGUCCAUCUCGAGCUCUACAAUCCUUUUCCGAAGGUCAAGCGAGUUUGCGCUUGCUGGAGUCUGUUUCACUGGUUCCUCGUAACAUCUGUUCUCCCAGACAUUCCAGGUCUUUUUCUUCUCGUUUGUUACUUCGAGCUGCCUGUGGAGGAGGCUGAUCUCGUGGUCCCUCUUGUCGAGUUGGUCGUUCAAGUUUCUUAUCGCGUCCAGUUUGAUCCCCAGCUCCACUUGGAGCUGUUUUAUCACUUGCUGGGCGUUGUUGCUUUGGGACGAGUCUCUGAACGCUCUCGUCCCGCUCUUCUUCGUCGCUUUCGUCGUUUGGAUCGGGAGUGCUUGGCCUUGGAAGCAGCGAGCCUGCUAGUGCCUCAGCUUAAUGGUCUGAUCCCUGUUCCCUGCUUGCCGGCUGAAGACCGUGUCGUAGGAUACAAGCUCUGGCUGUCUAAGCUCUUUCGCGACUUUUCCCGGGAGAAGCACUAUUCAAUGGAAGAGCCUGCAAGAGCUGUGGAUAAGCAAGUGCCGUGGAAGACUCUCGAGAACACUAACCAUCGACUGUUCUUGCGAUCGAAAUCUUUCUCUUUCCCGACGCCGCGGAGCUCGGUCUCGCCAGUGUCACCUUUCGACGAACACGCUUUCCAUAUGGAAAAUUUCCGUAUACGCCACCGCGAACGCUCCUUGUCUAGCAGCACGCUCUUUGAUAUGUCUUGUUUGGGAAUGAGCUUCCUGGCCUUUUCAACGUCACUCUCGAGCUGCGCGAUCACGUCUUUCAAGUGCUCGAUUCUCGAAGUUUUGGCAGCUGCAAAAAAUCAACGGCAAAAUUUAAGUUCUCGGAAGAAAGAAGAAAGCAAAAACGAAAGGAGCAAAGAAAAGUUGCCAAGUUCUUUGGCAAGCGCAAAAGCAAACCUUACUGAGUUGCACUUUAAGCCGUUCUACGACGGGCAACUCCGCAAGAAGAGACUAUCUAGAACGAUCGAGCAAGAUCUAGCAGUAGAAUCGCGAGAGCUUACCCUGGUCUGGCAGGCGCCAUGGUCGUCGUCGCCUUCGCGCAAGCCCCAACAAGAUGAAAGAAACGAAUCUAUCGUUGAAUGGGAGCAUUAUAGCCGUCCGAUUGCCCUUCAUUUCAAAGGGCAAGCUAUGGCGGGAAUGUCCGCCUUAGGUUAUUUCGUCCUCCUCUUCGUCGCAUUCACGGGGCUCGAUGGCGCCGUGGCAUCGAGAGCUCGAGCCGGAUUCGCCGUCUUCGGGUACGCUCGGCGCUUCUUCUCCCGUGAAUCAGCUUGUGAUCUUGAUUUCCAGGCAUAUUCUGGGGGUUACCAUGCGGAUGCUGUUCUUACGGGACCAGCUCCAGAAAAAUGUUCGUCCCAGACAGGUUUGCUUGAUCGCCUUGGCACUUCGAGUUUUCAGUUUUCAGUUUCUUGUUCUUUGUCAGUGGACGAACACGAGAGUCCCAGAAGGCUUUUACCAGUAGUUGCUUUGCAAUCACAGUUCCAACGACUGGAUCUCUGUCUUCCAAGGGACGAGCCAACAUGCCCAAACUCAUACGAUUCUGAAGAAGAACAAGAAGACGAAGAAGAACUAAGCUGCGCAUGCUGCAUGCUCUUCGGCUAUCAGGUUCUCAAGUCCUGGCACCUGGCUUCCAUUGCAGUUCUUGGAGCCGUGAUCCACGCGAUCAUCCUUUUUCUGAGGAUCAUUCUAUCGUUCCAACAACCGGGUCACUCAUAUCUUGUCAACGAACAUGCCGCUGGAACUUGGGAGCUGUGGACACCUGUGUCAAAGAGGGGCCGGCUAGCUCGACAACGCAACGUUCUGGCAUCAGGAACAGGCUGUUUUGACAAGGCGUGGUCAGAAGCACAGGAUUUGCUCUCCAGCUGCGUCCACGAAGAAGGGAUGAGAGGCAGGCGGAAGCACUGGUCUCUUCAGCAGGUCCUUCAGCUGUGCCAGCGGAAGACCUGCAUCCUACUCCUUGGACUCAUCUCCAUCGGCACCUUUGCUAGUCUCACUUUCCAUGGGGCUGGAAGACCCGUUCUUCGAAGAAGCCUCCCGGUUACGGCGGUUCUCGACUGGCUUAGCUUCGCACCACCGAGUCAAGAAGAGGAGGACAGGAAUGUUGUGAGCAAGAAGUUUGAGUUUGUCAUCCAGGUUCUCGCGUACGACAGAUAUGACUCGCUACGAAGAUGUUUGAGGUCUCUGGCCAUUGCAGACUACGGCAGUGACACAGUCAAUCUUGUUGUGCAUCUCGACCACUUCAAGCCUGUAGCAGCAGCAGCAGCAGCAAACGCGUCUAGCCGAAGAUUGUUGUCUCAAGCUGACAACAUCGAGGACUAUGGUCCAGCAAGCGUUAAUAGCACUGAGGUCGGGGUGAUCAACAUGCAAGAUGAAGCUGAGAUCGAGCCAGAAGAGAUAGAGCUAAGCAGCGAUCCCGUAGAAAGGAAUUUACAGCAGGCUCGGCAGUUGUUGAAUUUUCUGGACAGAUUCAAGUGGCCGCACGGUUCUAAGCAGGUGCACUAUCGAACGCAAAACGUUGGUCUUCAAGUUCAGUGGCUGGAAGCGUGGUGGCCUUCAUCCGAUCACCAGUUUGCUCUUGUCGUCGAGGACGACAUGCAGUUGUCUCCGUUGUACUACCGAUACGUGCGCAGCGUCAUUGCUAAGUAUUACUACGAUCCCGCAAAUUUUGAUCCUUCCAUUUUCGGCAUUACACUUCAGAGGCCGAGGUUUGUUCCAGGUAAAGGAGGAAAUCGUAUUGCGCUGGACAACAGCACCCGUUUGUUUCUUUACCAGCUUGUUGGAACAUGGGGACAGAUCCUCUUCCCAAAACCCUGGAGGGAAUUUCGGCAGUGGUUUGACGAGCACAAAACCAAAGAGAUCGAGCCAAUUAUAGACGGGAUGGUUACGACAGACUGGUACAAGAAACUCGGCAACAACAUAUGGACGCCCUGGUUUCUGAAGUUCGUCCACUCUCAUGGCUAUUUCAACGUUUACACAAACUUUCUCAGAGGAAGAGCGUUAAGCGUUUCCCACCGGACUCGAGGUGUCAAUUAUCACAAGGAUGCUGGACCGGACUCCAAACUGAUCAAGAGACACGGGACUCCUGAUAUCGACAUGUGGGAAAUACCGGCAUUAUCAACGCUCAAAUGGUACGACUACUGCUUCCACCAGGUUUUCCGGAACAGGCUUCUCAAUGGCUUCAAACACCUGGAAGCGCUACUCUCGGAUAUUCACUCGGAGAAUGAAGUUAUCCUGGUUAACAGCGUUGGUGUGGACGAUGAACUGGUCAGGAACUGGCUGUGUCAAAUGGCUGUUUUGAGGACGAAGAAUUAUCUCCUGCUGGGACGAGACUACAACACUUCGAGUGAGCUUGCGAGACGAGGCCAUCCUGUGUUGCUGACUGACGAAACACCGGGAGGAGACGAAGAGAAAGAAGAUGAUCACGGUACAAUCUAUUCGAUCCGAGCGAUGCAGCACAUUAUAGCAAUGGGAUACAGCGUCUGGUUUGCGAGACCCGACGUCACUUGGCCCAGUCAUCCUCUGUCAAGCAGCAACACGAGCUUGGACGAAGAGAUCCUGGCAGUUCUAGUCGGGAAGAGCUUCCACAGUGGCUUGUUCUUCGCGAGGAGCUGCGACAAGACGAAAGUCUUCAUGAAGACGCUGGAGGAGUUACUUCGCGAGAAAAAGUUCUCGCUGGGGAUGGCUCUGUGGAGCGGUGCCGGGAGCGUCAAAAUUGGAGCUCCCGCCGAGACUUUGGUCUCGAAGAACUGGACAGCGCCGGCAGGAGCUCGAAUUUUGCUUCGUCCGGAGAGUUCUCGGGAGCAAAAUGGGACGAAGCAAGCCUUAGAAGCGGCGGGCCUUUGGCUCGUCGACGAGGAACUGGCUUGCAAACAAGUCAUCUGUAGAGCCCGAUCGCGGCCGUCGAUUUCGUGAAUAAUUCUAUCGGUCGGUUGAGAUUGGAGUAA